CAGAAACACGGCCCUGGAAAUGUGGUUUUUAAGUGACACGUGAGUCCGAGAUUUAAGGGCGGCCUUACUGUGGUCAAAGUAUGUUUAAGUUAAAGUAGACAUUAUCUCAGUUUUCCUUAUCUCUUCCUGAUUUGCCUUGGUUGUGCAAAACUUGCUUGUGAAGGUUAAAUUCUCUGCAUUUCACAUGUUCUAAAAGUGGGAAUCAUUCAUUCCUCUCCUCUCGUAUCACAGCCGGCGCUUCACCUUGUGUUUUGCUGUUAUUAAAGUGAGUUUACUCGCCUUUCGCGGUGAGGACAUGUAGACUUGAGAAAUAAAUGAAUAUCUUUGAUGUAUUUAAAGGGGAAUAAGGAAUCCAGCUGUGGGUUUUCUGUGGGUGUUGAUGGGGAGACAGAAAGAAUGUGCAGACAUUUUAAAGCCAGAUGGAAAAAAAAAAAUGAACAAUGCUCUGGCACAAACGAAGGCUUGUAAAAAAACUUUAGUGUCCUAACUUUUGUUUUUCUCUAGCGAGGUCUCCUAGCAGACAGUUUUAUUCAUUUUAGUUUAGCUCGUAAAAUGGGUGAAAAUAAUCAUAUUUCUGAUCUUUUGGAAAAUAUUUGCAGGGAGAACUGCAAUUAGCUGAUUCCUGUUGUUUUAUUAGAGAUUUAAGAGUCUGGAUUUUGAUUUCAAAGCAAGAAAUUUUCCAACUUGACAUCAUUAAGUGCUCGUAGUAUUUUAUUGUUCUGUUUUCAAAACGUCACCAAAACUUUGAGUUAACAGCUACAGUACACGUGCACAUGCAGGAGUUCUUCCUGCUGAAGAAAUGUCAAAAGGUUUCGGGUUUCCUGAGGAAAAACACCACAGCUGUGAUCAAAAUAUUUACCUUUUUGUAAAUAAUAGGAACAUGCAUGUUAAUCAAAAUAAUACCGAUAAUAAAUACUCUUUGACUUGAUUAUAUGGAAAACAGUUGCGCUUACACGCACAGCAACUCCCCGAGCACUCAGUUUGAGCCUGGCAAUAAGACAAGCAACAGGUUUCAUUUACUCACCUUAAAAAGUAGUGAAUCUGAUAACACGAAAACGAAAAACCAUGUGAGGCUUCAUUAGCUGAGGUAUAAAUUUAAUAUUUUUUAUUAAAUGACCAGAAAUAACAGGAAAAGGGUAAAACGGAUAAAUGGGCCUCCCAAAGGCCGAUUUUGAAUCAGGCAGUGAUGACUCUGGUAUAUACACAAUACAUCUUAGUGUUCACCAAAAGAGGCUCUGGUCUGCCCCAGGACUGGGUUUUAAUUUAAUUGAAGCCUUAUAAUAAACUGUUGUUGUUGUUGAACUGGCCAAAAAUAACAGGGAAAGGCAAAGAUUUCUGUGAAGUAAGCAAAGCUUAACCCCACAAAGUCAAAUCACCAGCAUUGUAAUAAAAAUACUUCUAACCAGUUUUUCCACAAUAUGUUUCUGUUAACGCAGUAAAUCUGUGUAAGUUCACAGAUUUACUGCCUCGAUUAAAAACACAAUAUGUCGCGUAAGCGUUCGUAGCCACACCCCCAAAGGCUAACAUGGAGCCGUGCACACAUGUUACAUACGCAUGGAUUUAAAAGCAUCGGUACCAAGCAGCACAAUUUGUGGGUUUUUUACUACAGAGACAGCCAGUCGCUCUCACAGAAAGACAGAAAAGUCAGAGCCAUGAUGUGUGAUUUUACAACCUUCACAGGGAGCAAAGGUCCUCUUUGUCAAGCGCUCCCAGUUUCUUCUUUUCAUCAAGGCCCACAAAGCUUACAGCGUCAGGUUUUCACGAGCAGGCCGCUAAAACAGAAUUCACCACACUGCAAAAUUGUUAGCAUAACACAGGCGACUGAGUGGAUUCAUUGUUAUUGUUCGCGCCUCCUUGCUGACUCGGAGUCUUUUCACGAUAAAGCCGGUGCAUUAAACGGUGAUUAAUAGUUUCACUGUGCGCCAAACGCAGCCAGAAGUGUUUGGAGAGAAAUCUGAGGCUCUGCAAUGUAAAUUUGGGCCUUUCCUCUGUUUCUGUACCAUUUUAAAGCUUUCUUUGCCACCUGUAUAAUCAUACCAUCCUCUCACAUUGCAGACCUCGGCUUAUUAUGGGCUCUUAAGGCGAUAAAUGUAAAUGGCCUUCACAAAGGGGGGUUAGUAGCAAAGUUAAGUGGAAGCAUGUGUGCUAGUAAGCUCACGGCCUGAUUAUAGAAACCUCAGUGGCUCUGUGGGCUUGGAUUCUGCUCCCAGUCCUGCUCAAGUACGUGAGACCAGAGAAAGCAGGAACAAACAGAAAAGCAACAUGGAAAUUAAGAAUCAUGGGACUUUGUGCGGUUGGCUUUGUUUCUUUGUCUUUGAAAACAAGUCCACUGAGACUGAGAGUCAGACUUUAAUGAGGGCGUCGGCCAGAGCCAUGGUUUAAAUGUAAUCAAGGCCGGAGGUGACGCGAUGCUCCCACCAGGAGUCGACUCGCUGUUGUUUUGUCUGCAUUUGGAUUUCUCGUGUAAACAGUUUGUGGUCGAGGAGAGGAUGCUGAGUCAGACCGGGGUAAACGCGAGGAGUCGAGAUCUGUUUGGGCUCCGAUGCCUACCAGGCGAGUGUGUACUUCAGAGAGCUGUUAUGGUGAGGAAGAAGUUGACUGCCAGGGAAGGAAGAGGCUGGCUGUCUGGGACCCUCUUCUGUACUCACUUCAGAGUGGCCUUUGUGCCCCAGGACAGUCCCAAACCUGACGACAAUGCAGACCCAGUGCUACUAGGAGACCACGAUGUGGCUUUGGCAUCUAUAGAGAAAGUUGUUGUUGUGGGCCCAAACAGGACCAAGCUGGUGACACCAAACUCCUCGCUGAAGUUCACUCCGGAGGAGCUGGUGCUUUACUGCAGGGACAUGCGAGUCGUCUGCUUCCUUUUUGACCGCCUCACUCCUGAGUCACAAGUCCAAGAGAUGACCUACAGCAUCGCUAAGACCUACCAGCCUCCCAAACCAGGGUCUGUGUUAUCUUUCCAGAACGCCGCCCUCGGCAGUGUAGAAAUGAAGCAGUUUCUAAGCAACCGUCGCCGAGACGCCCACAUGAACUGGUUUGAAUCUGCCUCGGACUGGGAGCAGGAGCUGGAACGCUGUGGAGCCACUAGCUGGAGGGUCAGCUCAGUCAAUGACCGCUUUGAAAUGUCAACCAGCCUGCCUCGCUUCAUCGUGGUCCCACAGAAGGUUUUAGACACCGAGCUGAAGAAAAGCUUCGCCCACUUCAAUGAAGGACGCAUCCCUCGCUGGUGUUGGCGACAUCCCAGAGGCAGUGAUCUACUGCGAAUGGCCAGCUUCCAGAAUAACAUCUACCAUGAGAAAGAUGACAUCAGAAACCUGGAGAUGAUCCUGUUUGGUUGCCAGUCCUCUUUGUGUGUGGUGGUGGAGCUGGGCGAGGAGCUGCCCUCGCCUGCCGACAUCCAGCUGGCACACAGCCGCCUGCGCGCCCUUUGUCUGGGAGAUAUUUCCACAUCUAUGUCGGUGCCUGAUGACAAAUGGUUAUCUACCCUGGAAAGCACCCACUGGCUAGACUACACAAGGUCCUGUUUGAGGAAGGCUUCAGAGGUAGCCUGCUUGCUUCGUGGUGGUCACCUGACUGUGGCACUUCAAGAGGUGGAGGACCGGGACAUGAGUUGCGUGGUCUCCAGCCUGGUGCAGGUGAUGUGUGACCCCCACUGUCGGACAAUGUAUGGUUUCCAGGGUCUGGUGCAGAAGGAGUGGGUGAUGGGCGCGCACCGCUUCUACAGCCGCAUUAACUACCACCGUGACAACGACAAGGAGGAGGCUCCAGUCUUCCUGCUCUUCCUGGACUGCGUUUGGCAGCUGUGGUCCCAGUAUCCCUCUCGCUUCCAGCUGACAGAAGACUUCCUGUUGGCACUGCAUGACAGCGUCCACCUGCCACUCUUCUCCACCUUCCUAUCAAACUGCCAGCGAGAGAGAUGCAAACGCUCCCAGAACCUCGGGCAGUGCUACACGCCCGUCAAUGGCUGGAGAGAUGUGCUGCAUCCAGAUUCUUCCACAGAUCCGUCUGACCCUCCUCUGCCCCCGGUGUGGGACUGGUCCCUGCAGUACAGCAAGCCGAGACAAAGCCGUUUCACGCAGCCCGUGCCCCCGACUCCUCCGCUCCAACCGCUGCUCAACGGCAACCUCAACACCAACCCCGACAAACACAGGCUGACCGACGCCGUCCCGGGCUCAGUGUUUCUGCUCUCGCGGGGCACCUUCUCCUGUCCAACUAACCUGCUUCCGUGGCGCAGCAGCAGCAGUUCAGGUGUUUACAAAAAGAGCCACCGGAGGGCGCUGUCCUCUGAGAAUGUGCCUGGCCUGGAGAGACUGCUGAAAGCUUGGGCUCUAGUUGAGUUUCCCCAGGCCCUCACAUCUACGUCUGGACCUCAAGGACCACUUGACCCCUAUGAGCCCUUACUGCCCCUUCUUAUGGGCCCCUGCAUGGGCCUGUGGAGGGAGUGCUACCUGCGCGGGGCACUCCAUGCGCAGGCGUUCUCUCACCCCCUCUCUGCCAACCACCUCCACCCUGUGGAGAGGCUAGCACAGGAGGUGCAGCAGCUCAAAGACAAGCUAGAACAAGUCUCCACCAGCACGGAUCCUACCCCGCCCGCCGUGACAACCGAGCCCCGGAGAGCCGACACCAACCUGAACCAGAACACCAACAACGGCACCUUCCUCUUCCCGGCGUCGAGGCCUCAGAGCGCAGGUGCUCUCAGAGCAGCACCCCUCCCUACCUCGGCCAACCAACACACCUCCAGGGGUGCUCCCGCCGCCUCUGCUCCACAAUCCAGGCCUGCUCACAAAGACACGGGUGGCAGCAGCAAGCACACAUUCCUGUUUGGGCACUCCUCUGUGAUUGAUGCACAUCCUGACCAGCGAUACUACUCAGCGUCCAGUACCGCCAAGCUGCCUAAGAGUAACGGACCCUCGCUAGCUUCCUGAGAUCUGACUGUUUUCCACCCCCUGACCGGGUACUCUAACCAAAUGACACAGACAUGUCCCUCAGUGGUGCCACGAACUGAGAGGAGCAGACGUGUAAUAACGUGUCCAUAAGGCGAUUCGAAACCGAGACAUUGUGACGGACCACAUUGAACUGAAGCUGUAUGAAAUGAUCAGUGCAAGAGCUCUUUCCUCUGCUACUUAUCACGUGUACUGUAUCAAAUAAUGUGACAAGUCUUUUGUAUAUUUGAAUAAAUAUUCCUUUAAUUAAAUUGCAAAGAAAAAAAGUCAUGCCUGAAGGUGCUGAAUGCUGGAAGUACACCUCACAGUAUGCAGAAACCGUCGCCGAGACUAUUUCUUUGUAAACUUCCUGAUGUCACCCUUUAAGAAAGAGACGGAAAGCUUGUCGUUUCUAUUUUUACCUUCUUAUCCACCGGGGGGGUUGCACUGACAGGGCGGAGUGGAGAUAAAUGUGUUAAGUGAUGGGUCCUACAGGCACUUUUCAGGACGUGAUCUAGAAUGGACACUCUUGAGCGUUUCAAUGGAUUUAACCUCUGACCUGUGUGCCCUUAAGGCUCCAUGCCUCCAGAAGACUUUUUUUUUUAAAGUUGGUAACUCUUAAUGACUUUUUUCUUUGUUGCUGUUUGUCAACGUCAAAUAGAAGAUUAAAUUAUUGUUUGGAAAAUAAUAAUUUCCAAAAACCGUCAUUUUCUAACUCCAGGCGCUGCGACCAGUUGAAUUUAGGGCAUGAGCGCUAUUUUGGUACCGCUGUGCUCUCAUAUCUCUCCGCUCACAUGCACGCUGCUCGGGAGCAGCGAGAGGCCUAUAUUCAGUUUAUGGUGUUAUGUCAGCCUGGAGUUUUCUGGAUGUUUCUGCAGUUCCUGCAUGAUGAUCAUUUCAGGGCUUUAGUAUGAUAUGUGUUUGUAUUGAUCGCUAAUGGAUGGCGUACAUGUGGAUACGUGUGAUUAUUUUCAACCAAAGUUGGUAUUAUUUGAAAAUGUUUCCAUCAUUUUUAUGGUGGUGAAAAAAACAAACAUAAUUGUGCUCUUUUGGACUUCUGUACCUUGAGAAGGUAGCAGUGUUUGAAGUAAAGGGAGGCUCAGUUCCUCCUGUGUUUACCUUCUAUUUGAUCUCCUCACGUCCUGCCUGCUGCCGUAUUAGUAUGCAGUCAGCAUUUAGGUCAAGGAUUUGUCUGAAAAGCACAGAGGGAAGUAUUUGGUCCUGCACCUUUAAAUCCAAACAGUUUGCAUGAUGUGGGUGUCGAGUAGAUGCACUGGCGUCAUUCCCACGGAUGAAUGAAUUUGCACCAUUGCUAAAAGGGAUGUUUUUCUUUCUUUUUAAACGCAG